AUGAAGCUCAUGUUUCUUGAACCACAUGUCGACACUGAACCAGAGGAAACGGACUCACAUGUUUCGGAGGUGGCGCUGGUCGGACCUCCUGGACUCUACCGCACCGGCUUCACGUCGGUCGGUCCUCUGGCUGCCAUAACCGUGGCCUGGACCCGGUCCGAGAACAAGCUGGCUCGACUGCUGCCGGUCUGCUUCGCUGCCAACACCAACAGUUUGCAGUCGGAGCCCCGGUGUGUGUGGUUGUACCAAAGGGAGAUGAAGGCGCUGCCGACGGGAACAGAGUUGAAGUGCGGCAAGUCGGAGAUGACGCUGGUGCUGCCCGUCACCUCCCUGAGCGAGAUCAACCUGGCCGAGCUGCAGCUCAACAGCCCCACCUGCCCCGUCAGCUACAACAGCACUCACCUGACCGCCAGCAUCCCACUGAGCGGCUGCGGAACCAAGACUGUGCACUCUGGUAACGAGCUGGUUUACACCAACACCUUGAAGAGCGUUCGUCCGUUCACGAUGGUCAGUCGUAAACCCUCCCUGAUGCUGCCGCUGGCCUGCCGGAUCCCCGCAACUCUGGUCAAAGGUCCCAACUACCAGAUCAGCAUGCCCACCGAGACCGAGGUCUUUGGAGUGAUCGAGGUCUGGCUGGAGAUCCACCUUCCUGGACAAGGGCCGCUGUCCAGGUUCACCGCCGACGCCCAGUUUCGCACCAACAACAUCUACCGAGGACGAAUUCGUCGGCAAGCAGAGUCAGAAACGCAGAGUGACGUCACCACCACCGCCUCCACCAGUAACACCACCACCUCCUCCGCUAGCACCACCACCGCUGCAGCCAUCGGGUCCAGGAUCGAGUCCCUGGACCUCCAUGUGUUGUCCAACUGCAGCGUGGAUCGGGCCGAGAUGGUCGUGAGCAAAUGUCUGGAGUCUGAGACGGAGGACUUUGCCGAAAGUCGUCCGAUCGUGGACCAAGGGUGUAUGAUGUCCAGCGAGUCCUUCGAGAUCAUGACCACACAAAAUAACUCCAGGGUUUACCGGCUGAACAUGACAGCCAUGGAGCUCACAGGAUCGACGAUGUACAUCCGGUGCACGGUGAACCUCUGCAUCGCCACCAUGCCGUCCGCCAAGUGUCCCGACCUGUGCACCCGCUCCAUCGGCCACCGGACCCUGAUCGGCAGCGUGUUCACCAGCAGCUACACCGUCACGUCCGGCCCGGUCAGCCUGGUGGUCACCACGCCGGCGCCGACCACCGUGACCGACACGCCGACCACCAUCACGACCACCACGACCACUACCACCGGCGCCACCUUGACCCCCGUCAUCAACACCGUCAGCGUCGUCCCCACAACAGCCACCACGGCACGAGCUCCAGAAAAGUCCUGGUCCCUGAUAACAGCAGCGACUUUAACAGCCGUCAGCAUAUUCCUGCAGAAGUUCGUCCUUCACUGAACAUGCUGCUGCUGCUGCUGCUGCUGUUUAUAAUCUGUUUCACAAAUGUUAAUUAAAACCAGAGCACACGACUGUCAAAGAGAGAAACGUAGGAUUUGCUGCACUGCUCACACUGAAUGAUCACUUUAUCUCCGGCGGUGGAAGGAUAUGAAAGGACACAGCCAGACGUUCUCCAUAAGAACGAGCUGAAGGUUUAACUCAGGCCUGUGCUUCCUGAUGACUGAGACGCUGACUGAGUCUGGACGUUGUUGGAAGUCUUUUCUUUCACUGCGCUGACAGUUCUCUGCUCUUUUUAACAUAUAAAAAUAAAUAUAUUUUCAGAUACAUGUAAUGUAUAUUAUAUAUUUUUGAUGCAAUAUUUG